ACCCUUUCGGCUCGGCCGUGCUCCCGGCAUCCCUCACGCGUGGACGCUGGACUUCCGGACCUGGGCGGAGCCCCUGGGUUUGGCCGAUUGCGUCUUCCCGGCCCAAGCUUUCCAGCACCCGGUGCCAGGGGCCAUGGAGCCCCGGGCAGUUGCGGAUGCCUUGGAGACGGGAGAGGAAGAUGCAAUGACAGAAGCUCUGCUGUCGUUCAACCGGGAGCACUCCCAGAGCUUCACCUUCGAUGAUGCCCAACAGGAGGACAGGAAGAGACUCGCAAAGCUGCUGGUCUCCGUCCUGGAGCAGGGCUUGUCACCAUCACCCCGUGUCACCUGGCUGCAGACUAUUCGAAUCCUGUCCCGAGACCGCAGCUGCCUGGACUCAUUUGCCAGCCGCCAGAGCCUACACGCUCUAGCCUGCUAUGCUGACAUCACCAUCUCAGAGGAGCCCAUCCCACAGCCCCCAGACAUGGAUGUCCUCCUCGAGGCUCUCAAAUGCCUGUGCAAUCUCGUGCUCAGCAGUCCGACAGCACAGAUGCUGGCCGCAGACGCUCGCCUGGUGGUGAGGCUAGCCGAGCGCGUGGGACUCUACCGCAAAAGGAGCUAUCCCCACGAAGUCCAGUUCUUCGACUUGAGGCUCCUCUUCCUGCUAACAGCCCUUCGCACUGAUGUGCGCCAGCAACUGUUUCAGGAGCUGGAUGGUGUGCGCCUGCUGACGGAUGCGCUGGAACUGACCCUGGGGGUGGCCCCCACAGAAAAGCCCCCGGUGGCACUUCCGGCCCAGGAGACGGACCGGGCCAUGGAGAUCCUCAAAGUGCUCUUUAACAUCACCUUUGACUCUGUCAAGAGGGAGGUGGAUGAGGAAGACGCUGCUCUUUACCGGUACCUGGGGACCCUUCUGCGGCACUGUGUGAUGGUCGCUGCUGCUGGAGACCGCACGGAGGAGUUCCAUGGCCACACGGUGAACCUCCUGGGGAACUUGCCCCUCAAAUGUCUGGAUGUCCUUCUUGCCCUGGAGCUACAUGAGGGCUCCUUAGAGUUCAUGGGAGUCAACAUGGAAGUGAUCAGUGCCCUUCUUGCCUUCCUUGAGAAGCGUCUGCACCAGACCCACAGGCUGAAGGAGUGUGUGGCACCCGUGCUGAGUGUGUUGACGGAAUGUGCCCGCAUGCACCGUCCUGCCAGGAAGUUCCUGAAGGCCCAGGUCCUGCCCCCUCUGAGGGAUGUGAAGACACGGCCUGAGGUGGGGGAUCUACUUCGAAACAAGCUUGUCCGUCUCAUGACUCACCUGGAUACAGAUGUGAAGAGGGUAGCUGCUGAGUUCCUCUUUGUCUUAUGCUCGGAGAGUGUGCCCCGAUUCAUCAAGUACACAGGCUACGGGAAUGCUGCUGGUCUCCUGGCUGCCAGGGGCCUCAUGGCUGGGGGCCGGCCCGAGGGCCAGUACUCAGAGGAUGAGGACACAGACACAGAGGAGUACCUGGAAGCCAAGGCCAGCAUCAACCCCGUGACUGGAAGAGUGGAAGAGAAGCCACCCAAUCCUAUGGAAGGCAUGACAGAGGAGCAGAAGGAACAUGAGGCCAUGAAGCUAGUGAACAUGUUCGACAAGCUCUCCAGGCACAGAGUCAUCCAACCCAUGGGGAUGAGUCCCCGGGGUCACCUCACUUCUCUGCAAGAUGCGAUGUGUGAGACUAUGGAGGGGCAGCUGUCCUCAGAUCCCGACUCGGACCCUGACUGAAGAUGGCGGCGGUUUUGCUCCCCUUCAGACCUGGUGCUGCUUCCAGACGUGUCCUUGGGGUGCUUCCUAGAGAAGCCACACUCCUCUCCAGCAGGGGAGCCUUUCUCUUUACUCCCCACACUACCCAUGAUUUGCCUUUGGUCCCGUUUCUUGUGUUUAGGACUGUGGUAGUCAUACUUUCUGUGAAGACUGGGAAGCCACCCUUAAUUUCCACAAGUGAAGUUGUUUCUUUGACCUUUGCCAAGCAUAUGCCGUGGCUGCAGACAUGGGCAGAGCUGCCUUGGCACAUAAAUGAACAUGCAUGUAUGAGGGUGGUGACUUAGGAGGUGUACAUUGUGUAGGCAUGUCUGGGCCGGCAUGCCAGCCCAGAGCCCAUGUGUGGAGCAUACGCUGUAUUUCACACAUGGAAGAGUCUACUGUUUAAGUGUACCAGGAAACACACAGAGCAUCACAGUUCCUAUUUGUGGCCCCACUGAGCACAGGACCAGUGGCCUCUUCUAGGUUCUUGGUCCUGGUCCAACCACCGCUGCAUUGUUCACAUACCUGAGCCUCACUGGCUGAAAGCUCAGUCAGUCACAAGCACUGGUUUAGUGGUUGUUGAAGGCAAGGGUUGUAAGACAAGGUAAAAUCUGAGAUUUCUGAGGCACAGACUACAGAGAGUCUGGGACAAGACUGGAUAUCUGUGAAGUGGCCAGGUGAAAGGAUAUUAAACAGAAACUAAUUCCAUUCUCUUAGAAUUUAAGAUUUCCUAGAUCACUGCACAUCUGCUGUUGUUGGAGAACAAAGAUAGGAGGCCCCAUUCCCUGGAAUCUGCUGUUGGUCUGCCCGUCAGCCCUGGUCAGAAUGGGUGCAGUAACAGGAGGUACUUCUGCCUGGGGAACAGCCUGCACUAUAUCCUCUGGGGAGGAGCCAAGGAGGAAGCAGCUGUGCUUAAUCAUAGCUGCACACAGGACAGGAAAACUAAGAGACGCAUGGGAUCUCCCAGAGUAACGCCUGCCACUGGAUAUAGCACCGUUGCUGGAGAAGCCUGGGUGGAUAGCGGAAAGUGGCUUAGCAAAGGCUGGGCAGAUGGGACUCCUGAGGGACUGAGGAGCCUGAGUUAAUACCUGGUGAGUCAGUUCAGUCUUGUCACCCAAGAGAAGGACAUCCACACUACCUGCAAUACGUUAACGCUUACUGUCCUGAAGAUACAGAUGAAAGGAUGCCAAGUUUUAUACUAAAAUUUAUUUCAUGCGAGAAA